UAAUUUUUAUUGGAGUAUAGUUGAUUUACAAUGUUGUGUUAGUUUCUGCUGUACAGCAAAGUGAGUCUGUUAUACAUAUACAUAUAUCCACUCUUUUUUAGUUUCUGUUCCCAUCUAGGUCAUUACAGAGUACUGAAUAGAGUUCCCUGUGCUAUACAGUAGGUUCUUAUUAGUUAUCUAUUUUAUAUGUAAUAGUGUGUAUACAUAUAAAAAAUAUAAUUAGGCACUUAAAAAUAAAAGGAAGACAUGCAAAUAGCCAAUAGGCAUAUAUUCAUAGAUACAUAUACUUUACAUUUAUAUAUAUAACAUAUCCAUAAAUAUAUUUUUGCCAUUUUCUCCCAUUGGACUGUCUUUUUAUUUUUGAAGUGUAAAAAUUCUUUAAUCUGUAUAUAAGUUCUUUGCCAGAUAUUGAUAUUGCAAACAUUUUCCAAGUUUGUUGAUUUUCUUAAUUUUGAUUUUUAUUCAGCAGAAAUUUCCCUUUCCUCUGUGGUUGUCACUGCCUUGUCAGGGUUGGGUUCUGACCCCUAGUCGUUGGAGUAGAGGCCGUCAGAUCUGUUUCUUCGCUGUGUUUCUGAUCUGCGGUGUGAGGUCGGGAGGACUGGAGCACUCCCACUGGGAUAGAAGCCAUUGAGUAUUCCUCCUCUGGAGGUGUUCACCUGUGGGUAUGCUCUGUUUUGUCCCCUUUCGCCCAUUGUGUGGGCUUACAAAGUACACGGCUGUUGGUACUGCUCUCAGUCCCACCUUAACCAUGGUUAUGCCGGCAACUGGCCCUGGUGACUCAGGCAUCCUUUUCACCAGGCCACUGGCCCAGAUCCACUGAGGUCAGGUCCCAGGACUGCAGUAAUGAUGUACCUGGACCCACUAUGUGAGAUACGGCGGCAGCUCAGACUCUGGCCUGGCCAAACCCCAGCAUGUAUGUGCCCACAAAACCCACAGCUGCUAGAGCCAGACCUGUCUCAGCUGCAGGAGCACUUGUCCAUUGGGAUGUUCCCAGGUGCUGAAUUUAGGAAGCCAUCAGAGGAAGGGUAAUGCCAUGAUUUGCACAGCCAUGAGGAGAGAUUUCAGCUCUUCUUCCUUAGUUGCAUGUCCCCUGGAACUCAGCUGUGGUUUCAGCCCCAUCUCUGCAUGUGGGCCACCCACUGGCGUCUGCUCCCAAGGCUGCUGGAGCACACGAGCUUGUCAGGCAGGAGGAUGUAGAAGCGGCAAUCAGGGCAGGCAGGCUGCCCAGGUGAGAGGGUGCUGGGUGGCUAUGGGAUGUACGAGCCUGUCAGGCAGGAGGGAGUCAAGGUGGCAAGCUGGGCAAAUGGGCCACCCAAGCAGGAGAGUGCUGAGGUGAUGAUGGCUGGGGGCAUGUGAGCCACUCUGGCAGGAGCCCUUCCUAGUGCCUGUGGAGGCAGGGGCCGGUGUGUGAGGAGAGAGGCUGCAAUGGGGGCCCCACCCUUUGUGCAUCACUCAGCAGUGGCACUUUGCUUCUAUGCUGGUCUGGGCUUCCUCCAGGAGCAUUCCUUGUUGUGGAGCUCCUCGCUCCUAUCCCCUUGAGCUGUCUCCUCACAGCCAACAUCAUUCCCCUUCCUGGGUCUGCUCUUCAAACCCCACAUUCCAACACUCAGCCCCCGUGUGCACCAGUGGUCACCAGUGGCUGGGGCAUGCAGAGCUGUGGCCAGACCAUCUGUGUAGGCCUCACUCUCUCCUGCCUGCCACAGACUGGCUGCUGCACUGUUCUCUGAGCCACCAAAUUUCUCCUUCUGCCCCAGCUUCUCUCCCCGCUGCUUCCCCAGAUGCGGGAACCUCUUCUCACCUUCAGCUCCGCUCCCCCGCCCAGGGUCACAGGUCACAGUCCCACUUCAUCUGCUCUUCCUUUUCCCUUCUUCUUUCUUUCGUCCUACCUGGUUAUGUGGGGAUCUUUCUUGUCCUUUCAGGUGCCUGAGGUCCUCUGCUAGUGUUUAUCAGGCGCUCUGGGAGAAUUGUUCCAUUGUAGAUGUUUUCUUGAUGCAUUUGUGGGGAGAUAUGAACUCCACAUCUUCCUACUCCUCCAUCUUCUUGACUGACUAAUCAGCAGUUUGAGUUUGAAAAGGCCACUUUUCCCCCUCUUUUAACCUUGGUUUCAGGUUCUACCUAAUUUAGCUAAUUAGGCUCAGUCUCAGGUCAUUGUGGUCUGUAUUUACAUUUCUGAUUUGUACCGAUUUGCAAGACAAAGACAGUUGCUUUUAAUUCCCCAAAGAACUGGCCUGUCACCUAAAUAAUAUUGAAAGAUUGAUUUGCCCAACUACGUUUUCUUUAAUUUGCUUUUCUGUAUCAGUGAGAAGAUUUCCAACUAGACUGAAAUUUCAGAAUUCUAUAGUCUAGAACUUUAUGGUUUAAUUUAUCAUACCUUCAAAACUUGCAUAAGGCAUUCAACAAAGACCCUCUUUCUGAGUGCACAGAUUAGACCCAGAGUAAAGUCUCCAUUCUUUAUUUUUAUUAUCCCUUAAAUAUUAGCUGUCAGUUUUUACUUUAUAUUGUAUAGGCUCAGGUAAUCCCACUGGUUUCCUUUAGUAUGUUUAAUUAAUAUUUCCUUCAUAUGCCGUCUUAUAAUAUCAAGCAGGGGAAGAGUUCCCCAGUGAAACAUGUCUAUCCCACACAAUAUAAUUAGGCAAAAGAGAGGUAAUUAUCUUAUACAAUGCCCAUUUAAACAUACCAAUUUUUUUUUUUCUUUUUUUUUUGCGGUACGCGGGCCUCUCACUGUUGCGGCCUCUCCCGUUGCGGAGCACAGGCUCCGGACGCGCAGGCCCAGCGGCCAUGGCUCACGGGCCCAGCCGCUCCGCGGCAUAUGGGAUCCUCCCAGACCGGGGCACGAACCCGCAUCCCCUGCAUCGGCAGGCGGACUCUCAACCACUGCGCCACCAGGGAGGCCCUAAACAUACCAAUUUUUAUAAAGACUCUGGGGUCCCCAGAGAGUGGUUGAGCCAAGGGACUCAGGCACUUUUGUCAAUCUUUUAACUUGAUUAAUUGUUCCAACUUUUGCCCCAAGUAAUUGUUGGUCAGGUAUCUCAGUGUAAUUUUACGUGUAUAAAAUUUAUAUGUAAUAAAAUAUACGUAUUUUAAACUGGGGUAAAUAGGGCAGACUUGUUUGGGUCUGGCCCUUUAAUGUUGAUGACAAGUAGGAGAUCCCUUUGGCCCAUCCAAUCUUAGGUAGUAUUGUAUCCAAUCUUUGAUUUAUCUCAUUAAUGUCUGUUUUAUUUAUCCCACUUUAAAAUAACCAUCUAAAGAUUUCUUAUUCAUUUAGGAAAAGUCCCUUUAAAAUUUUCACCUUGUUGGGAAAAAGUUUUUAGACUUUUCCUUCAGUUUUUUUCCCUGUUACUUAACCUAAUUAACAAUAAUUAUUCUAAUGUUUUUAUUAGCAUCUGUAAGACCCAUUUAGGGGAAGCAGAGACCACAAAUAAGGUUUCCCAAACCAAUUUUUUGGGUUUGUUUGAAACUAAAGGAGUUUUUAGGUUAACCAUUAUAUGUCUAAUUUCCCACAUUUCCCCCCCAUAGGAGCCAAUGAAACAGCUGUUUAUAAUGAGAGCUCUCUAAAAAUUUACCAAUUUAGAAGUUUCUCCAAUUUGAAGGAUCCAUGAUCUGCCCAUAAAUGAGGUAUACCUUAAUAGUGACUCAAACCAAUAAGACGCAAGAGGCUUCCCCACAAAAGAGUGUAAAGGAUGCUGUCUAAAUAAGAUCCAGAAAGUUUACUCCCAAAAGUAGUUUAAGAAAGUAAUGGUCUUUGUUGUACAGGCUGACACAAUGAAGGUUAGGAUGGCAAAAAGCCCCCGAGAGUUGUACAGUCAGACAAAAGCCUGCUCAGAAUCCCAGUCUAUUUGACUGGCUGCCAAAUGUACACCAUAUAAGUACUUUUGGAUGGUAGUGACCAAGUUCUCAAAACACACACACACACACACACACACACACACACUGAAGAAUAUCAGAACACUUACAUUUCAAAGACACAGGAAGAGAAAUGCAAGUUUCCCCUAGAAAGCCUUUUGUUUUUUUGAAGUCAGAAUUCUGAAAAGAUGUUUUUAUCAAGCCAGCUUUUUCUAACUUAACUGCAUAUGCAAUAAAAGAGUCCUAUCUUAGUCAUUUUUAGGGCAAGAUUUUCUUUAAGUCCCAAGUAAGUAAGCACUUGUAAAUGUAAAUUUUGUAUGUACAUAAACCUGGCCAGGAUAUCCGUUGGAGGCUGGAAAUCUGUUGUUCCUUUUUCUUUUGGAUUGAAAGCUAAGUUCCCCAUUCUGAGUUCAAUUUGUGAAGAUCACUUUUAUUUUGACAAACUCUAUUAAAGUAGCCAAUUCAAGGAAGACAGGUUAGUCUUCCACCUAAUUACCCAGUCCAACUUUUACUCAGUGUCUUUCACCUGAGCAAAGUCUCCCCAGUCUUUCAACUGAGGAUAAACCACGCAGUGUCUAAACUGAGCAAGAUCUUCCCAGUGUCUUUUAAGUGAGGCUAACCCACUUGAGCAAAAGUCUUCCCAGUGUUUUUCUACUGAGGAUAAGCUCUCAGUGUUUAAACUGAGUAAAAAUCUUCCCAGUGUCUUUCACUGAGGAUGACCCAGGUACUUCUUCUUGAAACCAAGUUUCAAGGAUAACCUACUACUCAAGAGAAGAGUUUAACACCACUGAAUAAAACUUAGGAUCAUCAACCAAAACUGGAGAUCCAAGAACCAGGAGAUACUCACCCAAAUUCGUCUGGACACUCUGAGAAAGCGGACAGGCCCAAGAAGCCUCUGCUGGUGCCGGGACUCUGGAUCCUCAUAGAGUUCAGGCAAAGAAGAAAAGUCUGCUCUGGGCCCCUUCAUUGGUUGCCAAGACUGCUGACUGAAAAAUAUGCACAACCCAAAAGGAGAAUUAUGUUUUAUUUGGCAGAUUUUCUGAGGACUUAAGCCCAGAACACAGCCUGUCAGAUCACUCUGAGGAACUGCUCAGAAGACCUAAGGGAGGAGUCAACAAAAACCAGGUAGUCAGAACAUCAAAAGAUUACUAUUAAUUAAAGAAAACUAGACAUCUCAAGUUAAGGACUUUAGCACUUUUCUAUGUAUGAGAAGAUGAAAGAGUCUGGGCUCCGUGAAAUCAUUCCUUUGAUAUGCACCUUAACUCUAGAAUCAGUACCCUGUUUUUCUCCAUCCCGAAUCCCCUCAAGGUGAACAGUUGAGGGUUCCUGCUUUGACGUCUGACUUGAUGACUGCAACAUCCUUUGUCUACUGAUAUGGCAGGGAACAUUUUUCAUCCACGGGUAAGAAAUUGAGGAGAAAAUUAACAUAAUUCAAGAUAUAAAACCAUUACAAUACUAAAAAUUCCCAAAUGUCAAACAAACAUAAAUACCCUUGACCUGUAAAAUGGAAGAUGCCAAAGAAGGGAAAAAAAGAAACAAUAAAGAAAAUGUAGAAAAUAAAGCAUAAAAUAAGAUGACAGAAAUCAAUAACAGUAGAACAAUAAUUAAAUAAAUCAAGAUAAAUGUUAUCAUAAGAUUUUUAAAUUUCAAAGAAAACCCAUCAAACAAAACAUAUUGAAAAUAAAGUAAUAGAGAAAAUUUAGAGAGCAAAUAUGAAUGCAAAGAAGACCUGUUAGGUAGUUAGUCAGACAUUAGCAGCAAGGAGGUGACAGUGGUGAGAAAGACAAGAAGAAGAAAUUGAGUCACACGCAGCCAUCUGGGGACUCUCCCUUGACUCCACCCAGAACGGGAGAAACUAUGGUCGGGUGGUGGGCAGCUUAUCCUGAUAAAGAGAGGCACAGUAACACAAGGGGACUUCUCCAGGCUGUGCGUGCCCAGACCAGACAGGCGUAUAACCUAUAGUAAAUCCAAACUCAUUAUACCAUAAUUACAAUAAAUUACAUGUGGUUUUGCCCCUCCCCCUACCCAGUAGGCAUUUCUUGGGGAUUCAAGGAUGAGAGCAUGCACAGCAGAAAACUUGUUACAUAGCUCAGGACUGUCAAUCAAAUAAUGAUCCUUGUCACUCACCCCCACCUCUCUACAAAAUGCUCCUUAAAAGCGCUCGUAAGCCUUUAUAGGAAUGCUGCUUUCAAUUUGCAGAAACAGUACACCCAUCCCCCCCCCAACCCCGAGAGUGUACCUUUGCUUCGAUAUACUUUGCUUUGCUUUGGGCUUGCUUCACUUCGCUGAAAUAGCCUGUUCUCAGAAACAGCCUGCUCUUUCUCUCUCCUUCUCUCUCUCCCUCUCUGAGAGUGUACCUAUGCUUAAAUAAACUUUGCUUUGUGCUUAAGCUUAACAUGGUAGUUUGCAAUCCUUUGCUUACUAUCAUGGAACCAGGGUAGCUGGUCCAGGCCUUCCACUGACCUCUUCGGUUGAAGCUAUUUUGUUACAAACAUGUCCACAUGGUGAGAGACCUAAGUCUAAAUUUUGAUAAAAGGUUGAAUUAAGGUAAGAAUAUCAUAUGGGAGGAAAAGACUGUAGGAAAAAUAGCAGAUGUAGGAGAUAUGUUUGUGAAAGUGCACAUUCAUAGCAAUAUAGCCAAAUAAACUCACAUGCCCACGUUCCCACUAAAACUGUAUAAAAUUAUGACCAACAAGCAGAGAAUACACAUUAUUUUAAAGCCCUCAUGGGGCAUUAAGACAUAUUUACCAUGUGAAUCCUUCAGUGAAUCUUGUGUUACUGCUAAGGGAUAGAAAGUGGUGUCAUAAGGGAAUUUUGUGUAAGACUCAAAGCUCCCUUUCUAUAUGGUUCAGGCUGGACUUGAAGCUUCAGGGGCCUGAGAGGAUGGGGCUGGAAAGGCAAGGCACACUCAGAAAAGAGAAUACAUACAUAACACACUAGGAAUAUCUGAAGAGGCUGCUCAAGACCUGGCUCAGCCCCAAGGGUUUGACCCCUAGUCCUACUCUUCACCCUACAGCCCGUUAGGGUCAGGACCUUGGCUCACCCUAACCCAUUCCUAGCUUCCGGGUAUAGAAUGAGUGCACAUGUCUGAACGUUAAUGUUCUCUCAAAAUUUACAUGUUGAAAUCCUACCUCUUAAAGAUAGGAGGCGGGGCCAUGCAAAAGUGCUUAUGAGCUUUCAUGAAUGGGAUUAGUGCCUUAUAAAAGAGACUCCAGAGAUAUCUCCAGCCUCCUCCCAUCAUAUGAGGAUACAGAGAGAAGGCUCCAGCUGUGAACCAGGAAGAGAGCUCUCACUACGGGGUGGUCAUACUGGUGACUUGAUCUUGGGCUUCCCAGCCUCCAGAACUGUGAUAAUAAAUGUCUGUUGUCUUUACUCUACCCAGUCUAUGGUACAUUGUUACAGCAGCCCUAAUGGACUAAGACCACAUACUGCAAAAUUUAUCUGCAGAGUGGGGACUGUCUUAUCGUUGCAAACUAAGAAGUUGGGUUGAGACAACAUAUGAAAGAUUUUUUUUAAGUAGAAAAUUAUGGAUUAUUGGAUUUGAAAGUACUAGAGUGGUUAAGGAACAUGAGUACGUGUGUGUGUGCGUGUUUGCAGUGUGUCCCAAAAGUUUUUGUGCAGUUUAAAGAUUUACUAACUCCAGAAUUAUAAACACUACAAACUUACAAAAACAUCAUUUGAAGGUUUAACUGUUACCAGAUGCAAGUCUGUGUGCCUGAUGCACAGUGAGGCUAAAUACGGAAACAUCAGAGUUUGGAGCAGAGAAGGGUUUACACAGUGCCAUGCAAGAAGACACGUGGCUCAUGCCCAGGAAAAACCCCAAACUCCCUGAAGGCUUUCAGCAAAGCCUUUUUAAAGGCAAGGUGAGGGAGGGGCAUGGCUAAUUGUUGCAAAUAUCUUGGUGUUGGAUCCUUUGUUCUAGAGGCUGGCCAGAUGGGUCAGAUCCUGGUCAGGUCAUGUGUUCCUGUAAACCUCCAAGAAAACAAUUAUUAUUCUCUGUUCUGCAACUUUUUAUCUCCAUGAAUGGGCUCUUAAAAGUCAGAGCCUUAGCAAUAGGCUAUCCUGUAUAUUUCAGGCUAUAGGCAACAUUGUUUUCCAAAAAGUGCAGAGCCAGCCUGGGUCACAGGGAUGGACAGAGUUAGCUCCGGCAACAAAGCAUAAAGAUUAAAGUAAAAAAGAUCUAAUGUGGAGUCAGAUUUGUUCUUCCCUAUUACAUAACUAUCAUUCUUUCAUACUUAUGAAUUUUGAAAAAUAAAUUAUUUUAAUUUUUGUGUGUAGUUCCCUCUGAUAGAAAAUGAGGCAAAACAUACACUAUUCAAAAUUCACAAAACUAAAUAAGUGUAAACGAAAUUCAAGUUCUAUCCCUGCGUUUACACAAGACACAAACAUGAUGUGGGAAAGUUGGAGCUGAGGACAAAGGAAAUCCUGAGUAAAAAUGUCUGUGAAACAGCCAGUCUUCCAGGGUCAGCUUAAGAUGUUCAAGAGUUAUCAAAUUGGUGGGCCUCAAGUAAAGGUGUCUAAUGGAUGAAGGAACCAGGUUCCAGAUGCAAUGAACAGAAAAUUGGCUAAGGUCUCUCUCACAGGAUGAGAGUAGUUGGAAGGAGGGAUCUGGAAGCCCCAGGAGGGUGCAGGUGUCUGUGGGUCUGGAUGGGAAGGCGGGGCAGUGAUUCAGCCUAUUUCUCUUAUUGCCCCUCCCCCACACUCAGGAGCCCUUUGUGACAAGGCCACAGCUCUGUGAUGCAGGCCUGGGGUUCUGCCAUCAAGUGAACUCCCAGUGCUCUGUUGCCUGAGGGCAGCAAUGCAAUUCAGAAGAUGGAGAAUCUCUUUUCUUCGAAAAACAUUGUUGCUAUCUGGCUGAGAUGCAGCCCAACUUCCUGGGUGAUUAAUAUCAUCCUUGGGUUCCUGUGUGGACUGGUGCUCUUCCUAAUGUUACUUCCCUGCUUCCAGAGUAAUCCAUUCUUAGCACCACCUAGGAAACAUAGAAACAUCAGGAAGCAUCAAGUAGAGCUGAAGGGGAGGAGCAGGAGUAGGAAGAAAAGUGGAUCUUUGAAAGCUUGCAGAGAUUGCCUGGAAGAACUGGAGGGGACUCACAACCUGGUUUCACUUCUGCAAAGCUGCCUGGGGAGGCUUCCUGGCAAGGACAACUUUCAUCAGCUCUCAUGUCAAGACCCUCCUGGUGAGGCGUGCAAAGCAGUGCCUGCUGGAGCCUGUGGAAGAUACUGCUCGAAGGGUUGGGAACCCUGCAUGAACACCUCCUGUAGGGUUUCCUUCCUUGAUCCAGACACUCGAGAGGUGCUGGAAGCACAUAUUAUAAGGUUUGGGGUAAAGCACAGGUGGACCCUACCCCUCAAGGUCCUCAAGGCCAUAAAUGUCUUUAAGUUGAAAAAGUUCCAACCCUCCACCGUUCUGCAGUUUGCCUCUUCCCCUGCAGCUACCUGUGUGUCUGGGUCCCACUCAACAGUCCAGUUUGCUGAGUUCCUGGAGAAACCUCCUCAGGCUCAUUCAGGAGAGAAGGUGAUAACAGAAGAGUCAGUUCCUACCCUGAAGAGGCCUCUCCUUGUCCCCUCAACUGUGUGUAAGGAAAUCCAGAGUGCCCUGGGAGCGAUUCCAUCUGGUGACUACCAUGGGCCCUCAAAGGCUUCUCUGACUGGACAGGAGGGCAGGCCACCUUCUCAGUCCCUCACACUCAGCCUUGUGGGCAGAACCUGGAAGAGUGAGACUGUGGAAUGGGUCAAGAGGGACAGCCUAGAGCCAGGUCCAAGUUCAGCAAUGGUCAGGAAUGAGCCAAGAGAGGAGAGUGGUGGUCAGGCCUCAGGAGACCCCUGCCAUAGGGUAACAGUGAUGGAGGUGAACUUAGGAUCCCAGUCUUUGAGAGGUGAAGAGGCCAGGGAGGCUGUGGAGGCCAAGCAGUCUCCUGCUCUUCAACCACAGUCUCGUGUUAUCUUGGAAACCAAAGUGUUGACAAAAUCCCAAACCACAAAUGUACAUAUGAGGAGUUUAGAGGUGCCAGGGGCCAGUAAAAGUUUCCUACUACCUAGAAUGUCUGUUUUCCAACAUCCAGGUGAGCCAUGCCUUAACAUGGAGGUUGCUAGUGAGUUUAACUCCAAAGUAAAGGUACAGUCAGACAACCAGCUUCAGGACUUUCCCAAACACAGGUUCCUUGCUGCAGACAACUUGGCUUCUCAGGUGCCUCAGUGCCAUCCCCAGAGAGUCCUCACCAGAGACAGGUUAGCUUCCCAGGAGCCAAGUGGCCUUAUGGAAGCCCAAAGGAGCAACCUAGGGCAGCAGGAGCCCAAAACUUCAAAACUCCAAGACUCAUGGAAGAGCCAGAGCAAGAUGAUUGCCCCUACUUACAAAAGAGAGGACUGUAGGAGGCAUAAACCAGGAGAGCAUGAAGAAAGGUUUAAAGAAUUAGGGACCUCUCAAGCUGGAAGUAUGAGCCGCCCUGCCCAGGUCAGGGGAAUAACAGACUCUAUUGGGAGCAGAUGUCUCCAGCGCAUGCCAGAGAAGAAACAUAGCCCUCCAGAAAGCCUCUUCAGAAAAAGGAUGAUGCUAUUUUUAAAGUGGAUUUUCCCCAAGAAAAAAGUCAAUGGUCGAGAUGCUCUGCAAAAAAAAAAGCCCAUAUCAGCCACUGCCCAGAGUCACGGAUCAGUCAAAAGCAGAUCAACCUUGAAGAGUGAGACUGCUGAGGGUCGGGCAGGCAUGACAGCUGUUGGACAGAUCCUAGAAGAAAAAAGAGCGAUUCACCAUGGACUUCAUGCCACAAAGUUAAAUGGACACAAACUGGAGUUCCAAGUCCCAGUAUGUGGGCGUUUCUGCUGCCACAGGCUUACCUCCUACCCAGAGCAACGGAGAAUGAUGGGUUCUACAGCCUGCAGUCAUAAAGCCACCUCCAAGGGCCAGAGUUGUUCUAUCAGGGAAAGGGAAGUCAGACACCAACAUAGUUUGAAAAGUGUAAGGUUCGAAGAUGAGCAGCUGGGCCUAAGGUGCCUCCCAUCCUUGCCCCCCAAGAAGGGUUUGUUUCCAGUUAGUACCUGCCAGUAUGGGCCAAGGAUUCCAGGUGCCCCGGCCCGCCAUCAACACUGUCCAAGGCAUUGUCAUCUUUGGGGAGGUGUCUUGCCUGGUCGACAGUAAAAUCCUUCUUUAGUCUUCCCUUUAGUAGGAAAACAUGUCUCCAAGUAAAAAUUCAGUCCAUGUAGAGAAAAUGAUUUUCUCAUUAGCACAUCCAAGAUAUUUAAUGUUCCCCAAUACAUGUAUGUAUAUAUGUAUAUAUUUUCUAAUAAAAGCAUAGUGUA